CUUCUGCAACAACAAUCUACGUUUAUCCAACUUUUACUUCUUUAUUUCCUCUUUUACUUUCACUUAUUGUCGAAAAAAUUCAUCAAAAUGCUCUAAAAGGCUUCAAGGAUGCUCAUUACUUACCUAACCGUUGGAAUUUUAUCGUUUUUCGCUCUGAAUUCCGCAUUUGUAAGCAGCAAACACGAUAUUAUUGACAAGAACUGCAAAAAACAACUCGAAGGAUUAGCAGAAUCAAUAUCGAAUUUUACGCGAUGUGCAGUCAGCCAAGCCUCUCCGUUUAAGUUCUGUCGUAUGUGCUAUGAACAGUACGACGAUGUAAGAAGAAACAAAAACGAAAUCUAUAAAAAAGGUGGCUGUGUAUCAGAACUCGUUGAGUCAGAACGAUAUCAAAUUGUAAGCCAUGCAUGUGAGUUUGCUAAAAGGCUUUGGGAAGAAUCAAACUGCUUCAGUUGUUUUUCCUCUGAUCAUAAAAAUGAAGACAGUAUUGGUACAAAAUGGGAGAUAGAUCCAAAAGUGAAGGACUUCUUUAAUAAGCAACAAAUAUUGUAUGAUUGCUUCAAAAAUUUUACAACGAUUCCAGUAAAUCCAGCAGCAAACACGUCAUCUGCAAAUACGACCAGCAUAUGCAAGUUCUGCAAGCCAAACUAUGAAGACUUAAAUGAUGUAUAUAAAGACUUGAUAAACCAAGUUGGAGGCUAUCCAAAGGAAAACUUGCUUUGUGCUGAUGUUAUGUCUGCUAUGAACAGUACCAGACAUAAAUGGAGUUCGACAUUUGGCUGUAUCAAGAUAAACUACGACACAGCAUCAGUUGUUGCCUUGACUUGUCUUUUCGCUUUUCUACCCGUUAUAUUUUACUCUGCAGCAAAACUUCGUGGUGAUGAAGUUGACAAAAAAUCAAGCUAUAAUGUCAUACCACAAAUCAGUUAUGACGCAGAGUAGCGCAGGGCAUUAACACAUAAGCAUGUCAAGAGCGUUUUCACUCACGUGACAAGGCAGCCAUAUUGGAGUAGCAAAUAAUAGAAACUUUCUGCACAGUAUUUGCAUAAAAAUAGAGUUCAAUUUCCAGAGGAUAGAAAAUGUAUUGUUUUGG